AUGCCUUGUCUCCACAUUGGAUCAAGAACAGGGUCAGAGGGAUCAAAAACCGCUAAUUCGUAUAGAGCCAUCGAGCCGGCCCAACCAGAAACCAGAGCUGAGCAACUAGGAGCAGGUUCAAUGAUUGCAACUCUGCCAAAUCCUUCCGUGAAAUUGGAAUUGUCGUCAUCCGUUCCAUUGAACGGGUUGCCAAGGGCAGCUUUGCAUUUUCCUUAUGGUGAAAUUGCAUUGGAGCAGAGAGAGAAUAUUGAGGAAAAGGAUGAAGUUAGGAAUGCUUUGUCAGUUGAUGGUAUCUUAAAAAGUCCAUUGUUGAAUGGAGUCUCCACUGUUGUGUACAACGGAAAAGAUUUGAACCUAAGAUAUAUUUAUAAGGACACACAUUUGACAUUCAUUCCAAGUUUUAGUCUACCUUCGAAUAAAGCGUCAUUCGCAUUUAAACGGAGAUUCAGCUCUACGGAUAAGUUAAGGAACACUAAGAAUCCAAUCCUAGAUUCUCUAAAAUCCAGACCUAGGGGCCUUAAUGAAAGAGAGAACAAAAGUUUAAGGAAUCUCACCACUGCGGUGGUUGAUCCAACUCUGACGUUCAUUCCGGAAGAAGCUCUCCUAGUGGCAGAAGAGAUGAUGAAGCAGGGUUCUGGUGAAGUUCCGAGCUCUGACGAAGCUUCGACGAUGCUUCCUUGA